AUGGUACUUGUUUGCAUCUACCUCCCCUGGUCAGUCUUUCCCAAAUGGGCUGCGGAGCGAGGCAAACCGGCGCCGGACGACGAGAACUCGACACGGCCUCCGGACUACGACGCUGCGGCUCCCUCGUUCCAUUCUGACAGGCAAGCAACAACGUGGCUGGAUGUGACCCCCCCCCGCGGCUCCGGAAUUUUGAUCUCGGGUUCAGACCAAUCACACGCCAUCAAAGCUCUUGGCUUCCUCAACACCACCUAUCAACUUCGUGAUGGCCGUGUGGCCAUGAAGUUCUCCGAUAAGCAAGGUCUACUGGGAGGUUUCAAAAACUGA